GCAGGAGUGAGCAGUAUCGCGCAAAUAUCUUUCAUUCCCGUUGUCUCUGCACAUUGCGAGCAGUUUAUCAAAUACGAUUGUAAAGGUAGUCUGCUUUUCCGUCCUGACGACCCAGCAACAGGCUGGUGGGUAUCACAUAACGGCAUUCAGCUGUUGUAUUCGGGUGGAGCCUCUCCAGUUGAUUUCAAAAAGUGCGUAUGCGGGACUACAUCCCCAAACAUAUGUGUACGGAAAGCUCAUAUAGCUGCAACUGUUAUGCAAGCAUGGAUAGGUCCUGGCUUGAGGACAGUGGGUACCUCACUGAAAUCGUCUUUCUGUGAUACAACUAUAAGGUUUCAUCUAUAUAUCAAUCGACACCAUCUGCGAAGCAUUGAAGCCUAG